AUGGCACGCAAGAAGAUCAGAGAGUAUGAUUCUAAGAGGUUGUUGAAGGAGCAUUUUAAGAGAAUUUCUGGAAAGGAUUUGCCAAUUAAGUCUGCACAAAUUACAGAAACAACUGAUAUCAAUGAGCUAGUAGAUAAGGAACCAUGGCUUUCAUCUUCAAAAUUGGUUGUGAAACCUGACAUGUUGUUUGGAAAACGUGGCAAAAGUGGUUUGGUUGCUUUGAAUCUGGAUUUGGCCGAAGUUGCUGGUUUUGUAAAAGAGCGUCUUGGAAAAGAGGUUGAGAUGGGUGGAUGCAAAGGACCUAUAACAACUUUCAUUGUUGAACCUUUCAUUCCACAUGAUGAAGAGUUUUACCUUAACAUUGUCUCUGAGAGACUAGGAAACAGUAUAAGCUUUUCUGAAUGUGGAGGAAUUGACAUUGAAGAAAACUGGGAUAAGGUGAAGACUGUAUUUAUUCCAACAGGGGAAUCUCUUACAUCAGAGAAUAUAUCAGCACUUAUUGCAACCCUCCCCUUGGAGAUCAAGGGAGAACUUGAGGAUUUUCUCAAGGUGGUUUUCAAUAUAUUUCAAGAUCUGGAUUUCACAUUCUUAGAGAUGAAUCCUUUUGCCCUGGUGGAUGGAAAGCCUUAUCCUUUGGAUAUGAGAGGAGAGCUAGAUGACACUGCUGCUUUCAAGAACUUCAAGAAAUGGGGAGACAUUGAAUUUCCUUUGCCAUUUGGAAGGGUUAUGAGUCCUACCGAGUCCUUCAUUCAUGGGUUAGAUGAAAAGACAAGUGCAUCAUUGAAAUUUACAGUGUUAAACCCGUUGGGUCGAAUUUGGACUAUGGUAGCUGGAGGAGGUGCCAGUGUGAUCUACGCUGAUACGGUAGGAGAUCUUGGUUAUGCUCCAGAGCUCGGAAACUAUGCAGAAUACAGUGGCGCACCAAAGGAGGAUGAGGUCUUGCAGUAUGCCAGAGUUGUAAUCGAUUGUGCAACUGCAAAUCCCGAUGGCCAAAAGAGAGCCCUUGUGAUCGGAGGAGGAAUUGCUAACUUCACUGAUGUUGCUGCUACAUUCAGUGGCAUCAUUCAAGCUCUCAAGGAGAAGGAACAAAAGCUAAAAGAAGCAAAUAUGCACAUCUAUGUGAGGAGAGGAGGUCCCAACUACCAGAGGGGUCUAGCAAAAAUGAGGGCACUUGGAGAGGAAAUUGGCAUUCCAAUUGAGGUUUAUGGACCUGAAGCUACAAUGACUGGUAUAUGCAAACAGGCAAUCCAGUGCAUCACUGCAAGUGCAUAA